AUGACUGUUGACCAGGGGGUACAGCAGAACGCGGCAAAACAGCCAGUUAUCCCAGGGUUUCGAAGUCUGGGGGUUAGCGAAUCUAACCAAGGGGCAAAUGAGACCGAUGGAACGCGAUAUGACGCGACAGAAAUGGAUCGGAUGGGGAAACCCCAGCAGUUCAAAAGAAACAUUCGUCCCCUGGCAGCCCUUAGCUUCUCUGCAGUGCUGCAAUCCACCUGGGAAUACAUAAUGCUUUCCGACUAUGAAGGGCUGCAAGAUGGCGGACUGGCAGGAAUGCUAUGGACGUAUGUAUGGAGCGCAGUGGGAUUUGGGUUUAUCAUUGCUUCCCUGGCAGAAAUGGCAUCUAUGGCUCCCACAUCCGGAGGCCAGUACCAUUGGGUUUCGGAAUUUGCAUCGCCUCGGUACCAGAAGUUCCUCAGCUAUGUGACCGGAUGGAUGUCGGUUCUGGCCUGGCAGGCAGGCACUGCAUCCGGCAUGUUUUUGACCGGGACAAUCAUCCAGGGCUUGAUCAGUGUCCGGGACCCGAGCUAUGACCCCAAAGGCUGGCAAGGCACUUUGUUUGUAUUUGCCAUGAUCCUGAUCACUUACUUCUUUAAUGUAUACGCUGCAGACUUCAUGGCCCGCAUGCAGAAUCUUCUGCUCGCGACCCAUGUGCUCUGCUGGGUGGUCAUUGUUGUCGUGCUUUGGGUCAUGGCUCCUUUACAGCCCGCAGAGGCGGUCUUUACCAAGUUCGAGAAUUUUGGACGAUGGUCGUCAAUGGGACUGACCGUGAUGGUGGGCCAACUAGCAGCCAUAUAUGGUUGUCUGAGUUCUGAUGCAAGCGCUCACAUGUCUGAAGAAAUCGAGGAUGCUGGGCGUUAUGUCCCCAUUGCUAUGGUAUGGUCGUACUUUGCAAACGCUGUCAUGGCCUUGGUUGUUCUCAUUGCCAUGCUCUUUGCAACCCCAUCAGUCGAGGCAGCAUUGAACGAUGACACUGGCUUCCCAUUCAUUUCCGCCUUCAAACAGGCUACGAAUACCGCCGGCGUCAAUGGCCUGACGGCAAUCAUCCUAAUUCCCGUCAUCGUAAGCAACAUCCUCUUCAAUGCAUCCACUUCACGACAGACAUUCUCGUUUGCCCGAGACCGUGGGCUCCCAUUCUCAACCUGGGUUUCAAAAGUCGAUGAUAAACGCAAGUUACCUGUCAACUCCAUUAUAAUUUCUUGUAUUUUCAGUGCACUCUUAUCGUUGAUCAAUAUCGGCUCCGAGACUGCCUUCAAUGCCAUUGUCUCUCUGAAUGUGGCAGCCCUCAUGUUCUCCUACUCGAUAUCCAUGAGCUGUCUCAUCUGGCGCAAAAUAUUCCAUCCAGAAACAUUGCCACCUGCCCGAUGGGGAUUGGGUCGGUAUGGUCUGGUUGUGAAUAUCACAGGUUGGCUGUAUGUGCUCUUUGCGCUGUUCUGGUCUUUUUGGCCAGAGUCGACCCCCGUCACAGCGGAAACGUUCAACUGGAGUGUGGUCAUUUUUGUGGCGGUCUUCCUUCUGAGCCUGGUCAUGUAUGCCGUCCAGGGAAGACGUCAUUAUAAUGGUCCGGUGACAGAGGUCAAGAAAGCUGGCCAUGACGUGUGA